AUGAAAUGUUCACCUGAAUCCGGUGAUGCAAUUUUUGAUGAUUUAAUAUUAAAUUUAAUAUUAAAUUACAUGAGCGGAGAGCAAAUUUUGAAAAAUUGUAAUCGUGUGAAUAAGAAUUGGUACUCACAUUCUUUGAAAAUUCCACUGUUUUUAACGAUUAAUGUGGAAGAUUCGUAUGUUUGGUUCGAUAGCGAAGUACAAGAUGUUGACGAAAGAAUUGUCGAUAAGUGGAUUGAAAAAUUGAAAGGAGAGAAUUGUAGAAAUGUGAGAGGAGUUACAAUCAUUGGAUAUUCAACUCAUACGAAACUGUUGAAAAUGAUUGUUGAAACUUUCGAAUUGAACUAUUUGGAAUUAAGAACACACGAUCCAUAUGAUCAAUAUUGGAGAAAUCCAAUGUGCGGAAUUGAAUUGAUUGUUGGAAGUCGAAUGAAAAAUCUUGAAACUUUGAUAAUUUCAGAUGAAGUUUAUGGAGAGCAUUAUUUCGAUAUUGAAAUGUUUGAUAGUCCUUAUUUAGCAAGUUUAAAACGUCUGGAACUUGGAAGUUUUAUGCUUAGUUCAUCAUCAUUAUCAGAGAAAGAAUGUUUCAAAAAUAUUGAAAGUUUAUCUUUGAAUUCAUUUCAAGCAAGUGACAGCUAUCAAACCAAUCCUCCAGUAGUUGACAAGUAUCACAAGCCAAGAAUUUGUAAGAGAAAAUGUUUAAAGCACAAGUGGAUUAAGAAGUGUUUGAAACACAAACUCGUUGGUCAAAAGAAGGUCUGUGAUCAAUAUGCAAUUGUCGGUGCUGGUAAAUGUCUUAAACAUAAGAAAUAUUCCAAAUGUGACAAGUACAGUAAGCCAACAAAGAAGUGUGUCUUGCAUGCAUACAAGAUUGUUGGAUGUGCCAAGAAGAAGUAUUGGAAAGUUUGUGAUUCUUAUGGAACUAAGAAGAUUUGCAUCAAGAAGGGUUUCAAGAAGUUCUGUGCCAAGCACAAGAUUAUCAAUAAGUGCUUCAAGAAGGGUUUCAAGAAGGUCUGUAAGAAAUUCAAGAAGGUUCCAAUCAAGAAGUGUGAAAAGAAGAAGGUCUGCGACAAGUACACUGUUGAUUCUUACAAUAAGAAGGUUGCCAAAUGUAGAUAUGUUAAAAAGUGCAAGAUUGUCUCCUGGGCAAAGAAAUGUGCCAAGUAUAAGAAGGUUAAAUACUGCAAGGAAAGAAAAUCUUUCAAGAAGUGUUGUCUCAUUAAGAAGAAAUUCUUCUGCGCCAAGCAUAAGACCAUCAAAUUCUGUAAACACAAGAAGACUCUCUCCAAAUGUGUCAAAUAUAACAAGAAGAAGUAUUGUGCCAAGUCAAUUGUCAUUCCUCCAAGAUGUAUCAAGAAGAAGUAUUAUAAGAAGUGUUUGAAACGUUCAAAGGGAAAGAAGAUUUGUAAGAAAUUCAAAUUAGUUGGUGGAAAGAAGAAGUGCUGCAAGUCAAUCAAGAAGAAGAUUUGUAUCAAGAGAAAGACAUGUAAGAAGCCAACAAAACCAAUCGUCAAACCACUUGUAAAAUAG